AAAAUUUAGCCAACAAUUCAUUCAUGUGAUUCAUGAAUUUAUUUAUUUUUAUUUGAUUAAUGAAAAUGCUAUUUAUAUUUACUAAAAAUUGGAUGAAAAAAAUUAAUAAAAAUGGCCGAUGAGAAGGAAGAGGUUAUGGUCAUUUUUUAUUGUUUGUUAAUCAGUAAAUAAUAAAAGUAAACAAAUGUAAUAAAUCAGUCAUUAUUGAUAAUAAUCAGCUUGGAUUUAAUUCCAAUAUAUUCGUCAUGUUUUUUUGUAUAAUUAUUAAUUAAUAUUAUUAAUGUUAUAAUAUUUAAUACAAGUGACUUGUCUUUUUUUUUGUAAUUAAAAAUGAAAAAAUUUGGAGUAGCCCUGGGCUAUCUAAGCAUCAUUAUCAUAUCAGUAUUUACUUUUGGUGUCUAUGUAUUAGGUGGAAUUCGUUAUCUUGGUGAUAAUGAGGAAAAUUAUUGUGAUAUGACAUGGAUGUUUGAAUAUCCACAAUACGUGCAAAUUAAAUUAGAUGAUCAUGUUGAAAAAAAUUAUCCAAGAUAUGGAUUAUUUGCUUAUGGAGAAGGUUUUGUUACUGAAAAACUUAGGAGAAUGGAAUUUAAUGGUAUUCCAGUACUUUUUAUACCUGGUAAUGCUGGAUCACAUCAACAAGUAAGAUCUUUAGCUUCUGUUUGUCUCAGGAUGUCAUUGAAAUAUCGAACACCAUUUCAUUUUGAUUUUUUCACUGUAUCAUUGGCUGAAGAAUACUCAGCUUUAUACGGAGGUGUUUUAAAAGAUCAAACAGUAUUUGUAUCAAAAUGUAUUAAAAAAAUAUUACGUCUUUAUAAUGGAAAAGAAAAUAAAGUAAUAUUAAUUGGUCAUUCAAUGGGUGGAAUAAUAGCAAAAGCAGCUUUACUUUAUGACAAUAAGCUAAAUGAUAGUCUAUCAAAUAUAUUGAUAACACUGGCAGCUCCACAUAUAUCAAGAUUUUCAAUAGAUAAAACAUUAAAUAAAUUUUAUACUGAUGUUAAUGAUAAUAAUACUAGACUAAAAGACAUGGGAAUAAGUGUUGUAUCAAUUGGUGGUGGACCAAGAGAUCAUCUUGUAACAUCAACACAAAUUCUUGAUGUUAAUGCUGAUGUUAAUAUACUGACAACAUCAAUACCAGAUGUAUGGAUAUCAACUGAUCAUCUAUCAAUACUUUGGUGUAAACAAUUGGUCAUUUCAAUUUCACGUACAUUAUUUGAUUUAAUUGAUGUAAAACACAAAAAAAUAUAUCAUCAACAUGAUCAAAAAUUAGCAUCAUUUAAUUAUCAUUUAAUUAACAAAUUUUCUGGUAAUAAUUUGGAAAAAUAUGAAAUGAAAGUUGAGUUUGACGAUGAUGAUGAUGACAAUGGACAUUGGAUUGAAGAUUCAAGAUCAUUUUUCACUUGGAAAUUAUCUGAUGAUAAUGAAAAAAAAUAUAAAAAAUGGAUUUAUCUUAUGUUACCAAUUGACACAUCAAAAUAUGAUCAUCUAAGUAUUGAUGCAAUUAAUUUAGACAUUAAAAAUUGGCUAUUUGUUUGUAAAAAAAAAUCAAGCAAAUGUGAUUGGGCAUGGAAUAUAACAAAUAGAACAACAAUACUACCAGAUUAUCAAAAUAAAAUUAGAAAAACAUUUGAUAUUAAUUUACAUGAUAUUGAUAAAUUAAAAGUAACACAUUUUUUAUUAAAAAUUCCAAAUACAAAGUAUCCAAUUAUUCAUAUUGAUAUGUAUGAUAAAAAAAAAGUAGAAAAUAAUUUUAUUUCUAAUUAUCAAUUUCCAUUAUUAUCAACAUUUAAAAAACAAAUUAUUCAUAAUUCAAAUGGUCGUAUACGUCAUUUUAUAAAUAUCAAAGGAAUUUAUGAUGUUGUUAAUAUUAAAAUUUACAAAUUAACAAAUGAAAUUAGUAAUGAAAAAUAUGGACAAAUUGUUGUUCAAUUAUUAGAGCCAGAUAAUCAAGGACACAUCAGUCAGCUACGUCUAAUAACUGAAAAAGACAUUGGAAAGCUAAUAAAAUUAAUAAUUCAAACAAAAAGUACAUCAGUAUUAAAAAUAACAAGUGAUCCAUCAUUUAAAUUUGAAAUCCACCUAACAAAUGGUGACAUGAUUGACAAAAUAUCUUGUUACAUCAGAGACAAUUGGUUUAAAAUAUAUCCAGUUAUAAUAAGUACAUUAUUACUACUAAUAACAACAAGAAUAAAUGACAAUAUAAAUAAUACAAUACCAUUAUUAAUAACAAUAAUUGAAAUAAUAUAUUUCAAUUUAUAUAUUGAAUUUAUUGUAUCAAUUGGUAUGAUAAAUAUAUUUAUAUUAUUGAUAUGUUUGACUUUUGUAUUUUCUGGUUCAAUUGUUCAUAGCAUAACAGCUAAAUUUAUUGGACGUUCAAUACGUAUAUUUCCAAGUUCAUGGUAUGAUUGGCUGUUACGUGAUGGUACAUAUGAACGUUUACCACUGUUGUCAACUUUUAUACUUUUAUCAUUGAUAGCAAGUAGCUGUGGUGGUCUUGCUAUGGUAAUAUCUGUACCAAUUUAUUUGUUGAAAUUAAUUCACAUGUAUGAUGAUUAUGUUGAGGAACUAUUGAUAUCAUCAUUCAGAAUGAUGACAACUAAAUUCGAUGGGUUAUUACGUAAAUGGAAAAAAAUAAAAAAUCAAGAUGACGAUGAUGAUGGUGAUGAUAAGAGGACUAGUAUAUUAAAUCAUAUUAUUAUAUUUUUAACAUGGACAAUUGUUGCUGUUGUUGCUAUUCCAUCUGUUCUUGUUUGGGCUAAAAAUUUUAGCUACGAGACGAGAUUAUCUACAGAAGACACAACAAUGUUGACAAGUUGGAUAAUAAUUACAGUAUUAGGAACAAUGGGUUUAGUUAAAAUAACAAAUGUAAAUUCGUCAAAUAAUUAUCUCAAAUUAAUAACAAUAAUUCAACGUCUUUUAGGAUGGUUUUUACUUGGAACAGCUGGAACUAAAAAUCCAGCUGUUUAUCAAUGGAUGAUACCACAAAUUUUUGCAAUUUUUCUUAUUUUAAUUGUAACGACAUCUCAAUUUUUUAAAUUAUCAACUCAAAAAUUAGAACAUAAAAAAUCCCAGUGA